AUGCCAUUGCCAGAACCACGCGAGCUCACUCCUCGAGUCUGCCAGCUGGAGGCCUGUAGCGAAAUAGACAAAGAUCUACUGAAGCGCUGCUCGAGCUGCAAGGCCGCGUAUUACUGCGGAGCAUCCCAUCAAACAGCUGACCGGAGCCAUCACAAAAAUGGCUGCACCAUGAUCAAAAAAGCACGCAAGGCGGUAGAGAAGGAGGAGCAAGAGCUUCGUGAUCAUCCUGGAGAUAUGUUCACCCCGCCGAAUAUCUUUGAGAAUGGUGUCGGGCACUUUUGGGGUAUUCAUGAGACGCGUGCGUAUAUGCGUGCUCGAUACCAUAUGGUCGAUGUGUUGCUUCAUGUUUUAGGAGCUCCCGGGGGUAAGAUCGAUGCUGUCCAAGAGGCGUUGGAUCAUCUUCUUGAUAUGCUUCGUCUCUGUCGGGGCGACAACAUGGGUGUGAGGGAUGUUGUGCCGCAUUUGUACAUCCGGCUCAACAGGGAUCAGGAAGCCUACGAUUUUGUCAAGUGGUACGCAACUACCGGCUCAGAGUCAAAGUAUGAUUGGGGAGACAUGGACCAGCCAUACCUCGAUAUCAGGGACGCCGAUGUUUUGGAGGAGCCAUUGGAGACUUGGUCAAACGGAAAAUAUCUCAGCUUAGGCCAUGUGGCGGCUGUCACAUUGAUCAAAGUGAGAAUUCUGCUUGACUUGCAGUCUGCUCAGAACACCACACGAGCUCUCAACGGUACUAUCCCACCAGAAAUCGUGGGACUCAUUCGUAAUGAGCUCAUCGGCAGUGCUGUAGCGUCGCGUCCCGAUAUCCUCAUGGGCAGCACAGAACAUCUCUCCAAGCUUAUCAAGAAGGUUAAGGACCAGAUCGUUAAGCUUUAUAGAUCUGUCAACGAGUAUAACCCUCACUUCUGGCGCUUGAUGUUGAGCAGUCCGGUAUCGGCCGCUUCACAAAGACCUGGAAUGUACUCGCAUGAGACGAAGGAGGAAGCCUGCUUGAUGAUUGGGUACUGUCUUGCUUCUUGGGUUGAGACUCCCGGGGCUUUCCAGUUGAUGAAAGAUUUGAGUCAGACUGUUUAG